AAACACAGAUCUUGUUUUUAACAGUUAUUUAUUUGUUUGAGGCAUCGAACGAAUGCAAAACAUAUUUCGAAUUGUGUGUUUAUAAUGCAUAAAUGAAAACUUUGAUAAGAAGACAAUAAAAUAGUGUGGUUAAAAAUACGUUUCAAUUAAGUGAAGGCAGAAUAGAAAAUGGAAGUGCAUAUCGUUUCAACUUUAUUAUUAUAAGCAAUGGAUAUAAGUUGUGAUUCAGGGGAAGUACAGUGGGUAUCUGGGGUGAUAAGGUAUUCGUCGCAGUAUGGGACCGACAAUUGGAGUGCGCAGCAAAUACUGGGUGUUCCAGAUGUGUACCCGGAAUACGGGGAUAUCGAUAGAGCAUGGGCCCCACACGUAAUCGACGCAAACCAGUUCUUGGAGUUCCAGUACGCCACUCCCGUCUACGUAACAAAGGUCGACGUCUACGAGACUUACAAUGCUGGCGGUGUCAAGGCCAUUAAGUGCCUCGAUGUCUCAGGCACGUGGAUAACGCUAUGGUCGACGCCCCAAGUAUCCGUUAUUAAGUCUGCGAGGAUAUUUAGUCCAUCGUUUACGUCUACAAUUCCGUGUUUCUCGAACCUCAUUCGGCUGGAUAUCGACUGCACCGUGGCAAACACCUGGGUGGAGAUAGACGCUGUGGGCCUGCGCGGCUCCGUGGAGGAAGGGCAGUGGGUCUCUGGGGUGAUAAGGUAUUCGUCGCAGUAUGGGACCGACAAUUGGAGUGCGCAGCAAAUACUGGGUGUUCCAAAUGUGUACCCUACAUACGGGGAUAUCAAUAGAGCAUGGGCCCCACACGUAAUCGACGCAAACCAGUUCUUGGAGUUCCAGUUCGCCACUCCCGUCUACGUAAGAAAAGUCGACGUCUACGAGACUUUCAAUGCUGGCGGUGUUAAAGCCAUUAAGUGCCUCGAUGUCUCAGGCACGUGGAUAACGCUAUGGUCGACGCCCCAAGUAUCCGCUAUUAAGUCUGCGAGGAUAUUUAGUCCAUCGUUUACGUCUACAAUGCCUUGUUUCUCGAACAUCAUUCGGCUGGAUAUCGACUGCACCGUGGCAAACACCUGGGUGGAGAUAGACGCUGUGGGCCUGCGCGGCUACGUGGGGACACAAGACGGAACCAAAAAUGAGCAUGCCCUCAACAAAGAGGGUGCUGCUACUGCUGCUGAUGAAAGCUGAGGUUGAUGCUGACAAUGAAUCUCGCAAACGCCGCAGUGUUACUGAGUUAUGAAGCAAGACUCCGAAUGAUCGACCUACUUAAUGUUUCUAACAGUUUACUUCACAACAUAUUCCUCCGCUUUUGCUUAAUGCCGUUAUGUGUGGACUGAUUGUUUGUAAUUUGUUGUUUUUUUGUUAUACAUUUGCCAUUGUAUGUGUUUAUAUAAAAGGACCGAAUUGAAAGAUAAUUGAAUUAACUAUUAGCAUAUUUUUCUUGUAUGAUUGAAUUCUUUUUUGUUCGAUUUUCCUAUUCAACAUAUUUACAGAAUAGCUCGCAUGCACUUAGUUUAAUUCUUUGAAAUUGCUAUUCUGCAUGUUUUAAACAGGACAAGACUAAAAUAAAUAAAAACAAACUAUUUUUGAAAACAAAUCAAGAGGAAGAGAAUAUUUCUUCAUUCGGCUGAAUGAUUGAUUAAGUCUGUACUGCUUGUCACUUUUUUAUAUUUUUUUUAUAUUAAGCUACAUUAUAUAUACGCUGCUUUUGUAUUUUUGAAACUUCGAAACCCCAAACUAUGUCAUUUAUAUUUCAUUUCUAUCUUUUUUAAGUAUAUUUAUUAACAAAACCUAUUGGUGCUCAUAGUUCCAUGUCAGAAAUGUUAUGUUUGAUCCUUCAUACAACAUUAUACAAAUAUUUGUUUUUGAAUUUACGACCAGCCUUAAAAAAUAGUUUUCUUGAUUAUUAUUUUUAAUUUUGAACAGCUAUUCUACAUUUUUCUAUUUUAAUAAUACUUCCUUGAGUUGAGCACAAAAUACAAUAAACUAUAUAGAACAUG